AUCUCCAAGCACCUCGUUAGGACCCUGCCGGGGCUGGCACAUGGCUAAUUACGGAGACGAUGCCCGAGCAAAGCGUCCGCAACUGGGAAUGGAGAAGACUCACCCAAGACUGGGCAAGGGUGGGGGGGUGUCUCCUCCUCAGAGCACCCCAAGGGACGAACCUCCAACCCCUUCCCCAGGCUGCAGCAAAGCCCUGGGAGGGGGUGCCCACCUCCCGCCUCCCUCUCCCCCCUCCUCGUGCAUGCAGGCAUGGGGGCGUGCAGGGUUUUUGGCAGCCUCCCUCCCGUCUGUUGGCAAAGCCGCCUCAUUGAGCAAGAGGGGCCUGACGAGAUUUCCAUGAACAAACUUCCUGCGGGGAGCAAAGGGCAGCGGGACCGCGUCCCUGCCCGACCACCACCUCCCAGGGAGGUUCGGACAGCGAAGGGACCGCUAACGGUGGCCCUGGGGAGGAGGAGGAGGGCAAGCCCAGGCUGAAGGAGGUACCUUCAGGUGGUGGGGGCGAGGUGCGGGGUGCAGGAUGGAGCACGGGACAUCCUCGUAUGAGGAUGUCAGCGCUUCUUGUGUCACUGCUCACGUGGACGCGUCCCAUGGGCUGGUCCCUGGGCAGGGUGGGAGCUGGUCUGGUCCUUCAGCGUCCCCGCUCUGCCCACAGGCGAUGGCAGCCACUGCGGUGACCGACUCCGGGGGCGUGAGGAUCAUCACAGAGGUCAUCCCGGCCACAGACCCCCGAGUGGCCCAUCUGGCCUCCGUCCCCAGCCCCUCCGUGUCAUUUCAAGUCAGAGGCUUCAGAAAGGCUCAGCCCAAGGCGCUGGGGACCAUUCAAAUCUUCACCGGGAUCAUCCACGUCUGCUUUGGGAUCAUUCUGACGGUGUCAGAGUACGAGACUCCUUCACUCCCUGUGGCCUCCGGGGUUCUCUUCUGGCUCGGGCUCCUGCUCGUGGUCUCAGGCUCUCUGCUGGUGGAAAGUGAAAAAAGAGACAACAUCUUGCUGGUGAAGACCUGCUGCAUCAUCAACACGGGAGUCAUCCUGAGCACGCUGGUGGCCACUCUUGUCCACACCACAGCCAUCACGCGCAACAUCCCCGGCUGCGAGACCAAGAUGCCGUACCAGCUGAAACCCGAGUGGUGCUUCAACACUGAGGACAAGAUGCUGAGCAACGGGCUGGAUUCCAUAUUCACCAUCUUCUGCCUCCUGGAGUUCUGCACGGCGGUGGUGGCCCUGGCCUUCGGCUACAACGCCAUCAAGCAGCACAACUACAUGCGCAUGGUGAGGGGGGGGCCAGGGCUGGGCUUGUCGCGGGGCCCCGUCGCUCCCUGGGGAGACCUGGGGCGUUUCGGCAGGAGCAGGGCCCUUCUUGCCACCCCAAAAAUGGGAUUUUCCCCCCCUUUUUCUUCUCCCAGGUGCUGUAGCCACGGCCCGCUCUGCCUCCUCCGGCUGCUGACGCGGCUCCUCUGCCCGCUCAGGUUCUCACACAUGAUCCAGGACAAGGCCCUUCGCACCUCCUGGGCACGGAAGAUGAAGGAGCGGCAGGAGAAGAAGCUCGUCCAGGACCUGGCACGGCAGCUGCAGGAGGGGAAGCAGAGAGAGCGAGAGGAGAAAAAACGGCGGCGGGAGGAGAACCUGAAACGGCGCCUGGAGAACGAACGGAAGGCGGAGAUCGUCCAAGUGGGUGGGGUGGGGGGACAGCUUCUCUUUCAAGCUUGA